AACCCGGAACCGGUGCUGACUGCUGAUGAAUGAAAUGGCAAGUCUGUUGUGUUGAUCUGAAAAGGUUAUGUUUGUUACAAUUUUUUUUCAUUAAAGUUCUGUAAAGCAUUUUUUUACUAGCUAAGUUUCAAGAAACAAAAAGAAUAACAUAAGAAGUGGUGCAGUGGUAGUAAAAUAAUUCAUUCAGUGGUGUAAAACGCAACGAUGAUUGCAAACAAAGUAUUCUUGAGAAAAACCAAGAGGGGUAACAUAUUAAAGAUUGUCAGAGAGCACUACCUAAGAGAUGACAUAUGGUGCGGGUCUCAGUUGUGUGAGGUCUGCAAGCAGGAGAAUCCUGUGCUGUCCAGUGAUCCCGUCUCUGGGAGUACUCUUUUCCCACAACCUCAUUACCUAUUGCUAGACACCAAUGUUGUUUUAUAUAAUUUCCAGAUUGUCAGAGAGCACUACCUAAGAGAUGACAUAUGGUGCGGGUCUCAGUUGUGUGAGGUCUGCAAGCAGGAGAAUCCUGUGCUGUCCAGUGAUCCCGUCUCUGGGAGUACUCUUUUCCCACAACCUCAUUACCUAUUGCUAGACACCAAUGUUGUUUUAUAUAAUUUCCAGAUUGUCAGAGAGCACUACCUAAGAGAUGACAUAUGGUGCGGGUCUCAGUUGUGUGAGGUCUGCAAGCAGGAGAAUCCUGUGCUGUCCAGUGAUCCCGUCUCUGGGAGUACUCUUUUCCCACAACCUCAUUACCUAUUGCUAGACACCAAUGUUGUUUUAUAUAAUUUCCAGAUUGUCAGAGAGCACUACCUAAGAGAUGACAUAUGGUGCGGGUCUCAGUUGUGUGAGGUCUGCAAGCAGGAGAAUCCUGUGCUGUCCAGUGAUCCCGUCUCUGGGAGUACUCUUUUCCCACAACCUCAUUACCUAUUGCUAGACACCAAUGUUGUUUUAUAUAAUUUCCAGAUUGUCAGAGAGCACUACCUAAGAGAUGACAUAUGGUGCGGGUCUCAGUUGUGUGAGGUCUGCAAGCAGGAGAAUCCUGUGCUGUCCAGUGAUCCCGUCUCUGGGAGUACUCUUUUCCCACAACCUCAUUACCUAUUGCUAGACACCAAUGUUGUUUUAUAUAAUUUCCAGAUUGUCAGAGAGCACUACCUAAGAGAUGACAUAUGGUGCGGGUCUCAGUUGUGUGAGGUCUGCAAGCAGGAGAAUCCUGUGCUGUCCAGUGAUCCCGUCUCUGGGAGUACUCUUUUCCCACAACCUCAUUACCUAUUGCUAGACACCAAUGUUGUUUUGGAUCAGAUUGAUGUGUUUGAGGAAACCACUCUCAAGAACAUUAUUGUUACUCAAACGGUACUGGAGGAGGUGAAGCAUCGAAGUUCCCCUGUGUACAAACGGCUCAAAGAAAUUAUCGGAGACUCCAAAAGAAGCGUUUUCACCUUUGUCAACGAACAUCACAAGGAGACGUACGUGGAGCGAUUACCCGGAGAGAAGCCCAAUGAUCGCAAUGACCGAGCUAUACGUAUGACCGCAGCCUGGUACAUGAGUCACCUUUCUCUUGACUUGCGGAACAUGUCUAUAGUACUCCUAACUGACGAUGUUGCUAACCGGGACCUGGCCAAAAAAGAAGGACUUCUAGCAGUUUCAGUUGCCGAUUACGUGCGUAGUCUGUCCUCCUGCCCACUACUGGCAGACAAGCUCUCCUCCCACAGUUUCAGUGCGGAAGGCAAGGUGGCAUUGUUCCCCACUCAUCUGACUCCCUCCCAGGUCCACGAGGCGGUGAAGGCAGGCAAAGUGCUUCAGGGAGCCUUCCAAGCCUCUCGCGAGAACUUCCUGGAGGGCCAAGUCAAUGUUGAAGGCUUCAGCAAGCCAAUCCUGGUGCAAGGGAGAGAAAGUCUAAACAGAGCUGUGGAUGGGGACACUGUGGCUGUUGAACUGCUGCCAGAAGAGGAAUGGUCAGCUCCUAGUGAGAUUGUGCUGCAAGAUGAUGAUGACAAACAGGACACUGGAGAGUUGCCUCAGGAGGAGGAGGAAUUGGUGAAAGCUAAACAGAAGAAAUUGGCGGAGAAGCGGCCGACCGGGAAAGUGGUUGCCAUCAUCAAACGGAAGUGGAGGCAGUACUGUGGCAUUCUGCAGGCCAACCCAGUGAAAGGGUCAGUGAGGCACGUGUUUGUGCCGGCUGAUCGCAAGAUACCCAAGGUGCGUAUUGAGACUCGCCAAGCGGACGUGCUGGUCAAGCAGAGGAUCAUUGUGGCCAUCGACUCUUGGCCGAGAUACAGCAGGUAUCCAACGGGUCACUUUGUGAGGGCACUAGGAAAUAUUGGAGACAAGGACACGGAGAACGAAGUUUUGCUGUUGGAACAUGACGUACCUCAUAGCAAUUUCUCAGAGGCUGUGCUUAGCUUCCUGCCUCGGAUGCCUUGGGUCAUCACUCCAGAGGAUGUUGCCAAGCGGACAGACCUGAGGGAUGUGGUGAUCUGCUCAGUUGACCCGCCCGGAUGUACCGACAUCGAUGACGCGCUGCAUUGUCGCAGCCUAGAGAACGGCAACUAUGAGGUGGGUGUACACAUAGCAGAUGUUUCUCAUUUCAUCCGGCCUGGGAACGCUUUGGACAAGGAGGCAGCUCUGCGUGCCACAACCGUGUACCUGGUGGACAAGCGGAUAGACAUGGUUCCAGAAUUGCUGAGCUCAAACCUGUGUUCUCUGCGCGGUAACGAGGAACGGUUCGCGUUCUCCUGUAUCUGGGAAAUAACGCAAGACGCUCACAUUGUCGACACCAAGUUCUGCAAGAGUAUCAUCCUGUCCCGCGCAGCGCUCACCUACGAGGAGGCUCAGCUGCGCAUUGACGAUGCUACGCAGACAGAUGCCAUCGCUCAGUCUCUGCGCGGCCUUAACCGGCUUGCCAAGAUACUUAAGAAAAGGAGGAUUGAUAAUGGAGCGUUAGUGCUGGCAUCUCCGGAGAUCAGAUUCCAAGUGGACAGUGAGACUCAUGACCCGAUAGAGGUUCAGGCCAAGCAGCUGAGGGAGACUAACUCCAUGGUGGAGGAGUUCAUGUUGUUGGCCAACAUCAGUGUGGCAGAGAAGAUCUACAAGGAAUUCCCAGAGUGUGCGAUGUUGCGGCGUCAUCCCGAACCUCCCCCCAACAACUUCGAACCUCUCAUCAAGGCUGGGAAGAAUCAGGGCUUCGAUCUGGACUGUUCGAGUGGCAAGGCCCUAGCAGACUCACUGGAGCGUGCGGUCAAGCCUGACAAUGCGUACUUCAACACCAUGUUGCGAAUCUUGGCCACCCGCUGCAUGAUGCAAGCUGUGUACUUCUCCAGUGGUAUGUUGCAGAAGGAGGAGUUCUUCCACUAUGGGUUGGCCACACCCAUUUAUACGCACUUCACUUCGCCCAUCAGACGUUACGCAGACGUCAUAGUUCAUCGACUACUGGCCGCGUGCAUCGGGGCUGAUUCAACCUACACAGAUCUACUGGACAAACAGAAGAGUCAUAACCUGUGCCACAACCUCAACUAUCGCAACCGCAUGGCGCAGUACGCGGGCCGUGCGUCCGUCAACCUGCACACACACUUGUUUUUCAGAGAUAAGGUCCAGAACGAAGAGGGCUACGUGCUUUACGUGCGCAAGAACGCUCUCCAGAUCCUCAUCCCCAAGUAUGGGCUGGAGGGAACCAUCUACCUCACACCUCCCAACGACAAGAAGGCUGAUGUCACCUUUAUCUACAAUGACGAAGACCAGUCGCAGAGGUGCGAGGAUGUGGUGUUCCAUGCGUUCGACCCAGUCAUAGUACAGCUGAGCUUGGACCGCAGUAAUGUCCAACACGAGAAGUUGGUACUGAAGCUGGUCACACCACACAUCGAGGGCUUCAGUGUCCCGCAGACAGACGUGGAGAUGACGCCGGCUCCGCAGCCACAGCCACAGCCACAGCCACAGCCUUCUCAGACCGAAGCCAGGCAACAGCAAAAGAAGAGGAGGCACAAGUAAUAGACUACAAGUACUCUACUGUUGUGUCAAAAGUGUAUAUAAAAGUAUUUUUAUCUUUUUAAAAAAUGUGUUUCAUUAACCUAAGUCCAAAGAUUUGAACUUGGUUUUAAAUAUUUGUUUUAUUAAUUGAUUUUAAAUAUUAAUUACAGUCAUUAUUU